AUGGGGAACUGCGUCUGCAGGCCGCCGCGAUCGUCGAGCGAGCCCGUCGUCGCGUCGGCGAUCGCCGCCGCGGCCGCGGAGGGCGCCGCGCGCCUCGUCCGAGCGCCGUCGUCGCUCGAGCGGAAGGCGACGACGACGACGACGCCGCUCGAGGUCGACCGCGCGCGCGUCGACGGCGACGACGACGACGACGACGACGCGUCGAGCUACCGCUCCGGACGCAGCAGCUUCGCGUCCGACGACGACGACGACGACGACGACGACGACGACGACGACGGCGGCGACCGCGUCCCCUCGCUCGCGCGGUCGCCUCGAAACGCGACGACGACGACGACGACGACGAAGACGACGCUCGCGUUCGCGCAGCCCGCGCCGCCGCCGGACACCCCGCCCGCGAUGGACGCGCGCGUGGCGCAGCUCCUCGCGAGCGCGUCCGAGCACCUCGAGGACGACGCGAUCGAGCGCCUGUGCGACGACGGCGACGACGGCGACGCGGGAGCGGCGGCGGCGACGACGACGACGACGACGACGACGACCAAGAAGAAGACGAAGAGGAAAGGCGCUCUCGCCAGAGUCGCGAGAGUCGCGUCGGGCAUGCGCAUGAUGCGCUCGAUGACGAAAGCCGCGCGCGCCGCGGGCGGAAGCCUCGACCUCACCGCGUUCGCGGGAACGCCCAUCCGCUGGCACGCGCGGACGUCCGUUCUACGAACGCACGCGGUCGGCGAAUCGUCGCUGAAGCCGCCCGCCGCCGCCGGAGCCGGUGGGCCGGCGUCGACGCGGCCGCCGCCGCGGGGUUCCCCGGGGGAACAGGAGCGACGACGACCGCGCGCGACGCGGCUGUUCACGCAGCUGCAGCGCGACUUUGGGGCCCGGUCGCGGUCGCGCGCGCUUCGAGAGGCGGCGCGAGCGCGCGGGAUCGCGGGAGAGGCGGACCGAUCGCGCGACGACGGCGACGGCGGCGACGGCGACGGCGGCGACGAACGAAAAUCCAAAUUCUCCUCCCCCUUCUUCGCGGUCGAGCGACAGCACUCGAUCGAAGCGCUCGAGGACUUCGCGGACCUGGAGGACGACCACGCGGCGUGGGAUAACGUCAGCGUGGACUACGGCGACGACGGCGAAGUCCACGGAGAAGUCGAAGUCGAAGUCGACGUCGACGCGGACGAAGCGCGCGACGUCGACGUCGCGACGACCGUGCCCCCGCCGGCUUCAACGCCCGAGGGACGGAUCCUCCGCGUCGUCCGCGCGCUCCUCGCGGACGCGGAACCUCCCGCGCACCUCCAGAAGCCGUUUAACCCCGUCCUCGGCGAGACCGCGCGGCACGAGCUGCACCUCUCGAACGGCGUCGAGAUACGAAGCGUCGUCGGCGACGGCUGGAGCGUCCACGGGCACUUCCGCGCGCGGCCGCGGCUCGUCGGUCUUCGCGUCGAGAUCGACAUGAUCGGGAAGCGCGUCUUCAGAGUCCGCGUCCCGCCCGCGCGCGCCCACGCCGCCGCCGCGAUGGACGACCCGGUCUACGAGACGUACGACACGACGAUGGUCGGGUUCGAGUGGCACUUCGUCCCGCGGAUGUACGUGCAGAUGGAGUCCAAGGCGCCGUUCGUCGUGCGUUGCCGCGAGAGCGGCCUUCGCGCGGAGGUGCGGCACAAGCCUCGGAAGUUCGCCGAGGGCGCGAGCGGCGGGUUCAGGGUCAUCGGGAGGGUAUUCCGCGAGGCGGACCCGGAACGGACGCUGUUCGCGAUCGCCGGGCGGUACGACGCGAGGGUCACGGCGACCGACCUUCGAGGAGUAAUAAGCGAGGAGACCGCCGCAUUGACCGCCGCGAAGAAGAAGGGUCGCGAUCGCCCCGAGGUCGGCGUCCUGUACGACGCGUCCGAGGCGGCCAGGAAAGAGGUCGCCGGGUUCGUGAAAGAACACAACUGGGCGCACGAGAGCGACGGCGUCAAGGCCACGGAGGCGGUGUGGGGGGAGGUGAUACGCGCGAUGGAGCAGCGGCGUUGGGACGACGCGAAGAGGGCGAAGAAAAAAGUGGAACGCGACGAGCGGGGCGAGCGCGCGCGCCGGGCGAGAGCGGGGGAGGCGUGGACGCCGCGAUGGUUUCGAUGGAGCGAGGAGGAGGAGACGUGGGUGUUGAAGGAGGGGGCGUGGAAGAUGGAGCGCGCGGAAGAGAGCGCCGGAGGCGCGAGCGCGGCGCGAUGA